GGGACCCCAGGACCGCGUGGUGUCCCACAGAGCCUAGCAGAGGCCCCAAACAGCAGCAGCAGGGGCCCCCAUACAGCAGCGGGGUUCCCCAUGCAGCAGCAGGGGCCCCCAAGCAGCAGCAGGGGCCCCCAAGCAGUAGCACGGGCCCCCAUGCAGCAGCAGGGGCCCCCAUACAGCAGCAGGGGCCCGAAACAGCAGCAGGGGCCCCCAAGCAGCAGCAGGGGCCCCCAUACAGUAGCAGGGGCCCCCAUACAGCAGCAGGGGCCCCCAUACAGCAGUACGGGCCCCCAAACAGCAGCAGGGGCCCCCAAACAGCAGCAGGGGCCCCCAAACAGCAGCAGGGGCCCCCAAACAGCAGCAGGGGCCCCCUUUCGGCUUGUGGGCGUUUUGCUGCGCCACUUUUGCUGCAUCUGUUUUUACUCUUUGUCUCUGAGGCAGAUGGCGGUGAUGAAAAGUGA